AUGGUGUUACAAUCCCACAUGUCUUCUUCCGCUUCUCUACCCUUACAGAGUUCGGGCUCAAGCUCUGUAUCAAUGGCAAAUGUUAUGAAUAAGUCAGUCACGGAACAGGAUUCGCUAUACCACAUAUGUGUAAAUGUGAAAAAAAGACUGGAACGUCUGCAUCAGUUACAGCCGUAUCUAAAUCUGGCGUAUGCUUCGAGCGAAGUUUUGAGUGAGCGGCAGUCUCUUUUUCUAUCACAGAAGCAGCAACAACAAAAAGGCAAUAACCACCACAGCAUCUCAUCUGGUUUGAGUGGUAGAGAUAGUCAUCACGGAUAUACCAAUGUAACUCGGACCAGCUCUAUUUCCAAUUCAAGCUACAAAGAGGAACUAUCCCUAGAUGGGAUAACUUAUACGACGGGAUCCGCCAAUGGCGGAAGCGGUGUCGAGGGUAUUGGAAGUAGUAUUAAUUGCAGUAGCAAUAAUAUACCUAGCAUGGAGGAUACGUUACUGACAUUUAGCAUGGGUAUUUUGCCUAUUUCAAUGGAUUGCGAUCCAGUAACUCAGCUAUCCCAGUUAUUUCAGCAGGGCUCGCCGUUGUGUAUAAUCUUCAACGCCGUCAAGCCUCAAUUCAAGCUACCCGUUGUCUCUUCAGAUGACUUAAAAAUCUGCAAAAAAUCGAUUUAUGAUUUUAUACUUGGUUGUAAACAGCAUUUUGCAUUUAACGAUGAAGAGCUAUUCAAAAUAUCUGACGUUUUCUCUAAUUCAACGAGCGAUUUAUUGAGUGUAUUGGAUGUGGUUAUCACGCUGCUGAAUUCGGCUCCAGAAAUAUUUGGCACCACAGAACAACUACAUGAAGAGAUGCAAAGAGCCAAGCAUACUAGUGCCGUGGGGAUGAAGCCUUCAUCCGACCAUUCCAAAAUUAUCAAAGAAUUUGUCUCGACGGAAAGAAAAUACGUACAUGAUCUAGAGAUACUAGAAAAAUACAGACAACAAUUACUGGAGAGUAAUUUAAUAACAUCCGAAGAAUUGUAUAUGUUAUUUCCAAAUUUGGGCGAUGCAAUUGAUUUUCAGAGAAGAUUUCUGGUCUCACUUGAAAUAAAUGCACUUGUGGAGCCAUCCAAACAGAGGAUAGGUGCUCUUUUCAUGCAUUCAAAGUAUUUUUUCAAACUUUACGAACCAUGGUCAAUCGGACAAAACGCGGCGAUUGAUUUCCUUUCCAAACACCUGGAGUCGUUGAGGAGAACCGAUUUUGUUAUUCGCAAUAAGCUAGAGUUGCAAUCUUUCUUGUAUAAGCCGGUUCAAAGACUUUGCAGAUAUCCUCUCCUGCUUAAAGAGCUCUUGCAAAAUUCUCAAGAUGUCGGGAACUCAAAGGAAUUGGAAAUUGCAUUAGAUAUUUCCAAAGGCAUCGCAAGGAGCAUUAAUGAAAAUCAAAGGCGUACAGAAAAUCACGAAGUGGUGAAAAAACUAUGUGGUCGCGUGGUCAAUUGGAAAGGUUAUCGAAUUGCGAAAUUCGGGGAAUUAUUAUAUUUUGAUAAGGUUUUCAUAUCUACUAGUAAUUCUUCGGAACCCGAAAGGGAAUUCGAAGUGUAUUUGUUUGAAAAGAUCAUAAUUCUUUUCUCUGAGAUUACUCAGAAAAAAACAUCUUCACUUUCGUUAAAGAAAAAGCAAACAAAUUCAGGGUCAUCAUUGACUUUGAACCUCACUGGCUCGCAUAAUAAUGCAUCAUCCUCAAGUGGGUUGGCGGAGCCCAAAUUAGAUCUCAGAGGUCGCAUAAUGAUCAUGAACCUGAACCAGAUCAGUUCCCUAGAUGCAAGAUCCUUAACAAUUACUUGGGAGUCAAUAAAAGAGCAGGGGAACUUUAUACUUAAAUUCAAAAAUGAGGAAACUAGAGAUAACUGGAGCUCAUGUUUACAGUCUUUGGUACGAAAAAUUAGAAGUGAGUCUUUCAAAAGCACAAAUAGCGAUCAAGGCAACUUUUCAUCGCAAUCUCAAUAUAGAAAUACACAUAAUAGUGUUACUUCUUUCAGCAGCACCCAGCUGAAACAUGCCUCUGAGGUUCUACCUAGACGCAACACAUCCUACUACGAAAGCGAAUUUCGCUCGAUUUCUGAGAACUACAAGAAUUCUAUACCGAAGACAUCACUUUUAAUAAGAGUUGCCUUCAAUUCUGAUUUGUUCACAGUACUAGCAGAAUUGGAUUCGACAGUUGACGGAUUGCUUCAGAUAAUUAAGAGAAAGCUCAGCCAUUCAGGCGAAGUUAUCAAAGUAAAAUACCAGGAUGAAGAUGGCGAUUAUGUUUUGCUGCAAUCGGAGGAAGACUGGUCAGUAGUGAAAGAGAUGUUGAAAGAAAGCGACGAACGCAUCUUGAAUGUAUGGGCAUAUGCUUAG